ACUAGAUGACAUGCAACUUCUCACGAACAAUGGGAACACUUGCUUGCGCUUGACCCUCACUUUGUGUAGCGCAUGUCAUAAACCGGGAACCAAAAUUCUUACUUUUACGGCUAUAUUAAACCAGAUCAUCACUUCUUUAUGUAAACAAACCUCGUGUAACACGUGGUGAAGCGAUAAUCCGGUAUAAUGCAGUCGAAACGGUAUCAAUUUUGGUACCCGGUAAUGAUAUGCGCAGUUCAAAGCAGGGAUCUAUUCGCAAGGAAGUGUUCCAUAGAAUUUAGAUAGAUUGAUUUAUAUUAUUUAUUGAUUUCUCGUCGGAAUACAAACGACAGUUGUCGGGACCGGUGUCAUUUAACAGAAUGGUAACAGAUCUGACGAUUGAUACCAGUGAUUCAUUGAUGUCAGAAGAAAAGGAAUUAGAAUUGAAGAAGUUGUCUUCAGACGUCGAGGCAGCGUAUGAAAGAAUAAAAUCAUACAUCUAUAAGACGCCUUUGAUGUUCUCCAAACAAAUUAGUCUAGAAACUGGGGCAAAUGUAUUUCUAAAACUAGAAAGUGAACAAGUGACUGGUUCGUGUAAAAUACGAGGAGCAUUCAACAAAAUUCUUCUGCUGAAAGAGCGGGAACCGGAAAGUCUGUCGAAAGGCAUCGUUACGGCGUCAUCAGGAAAUCAUGGAAUAGCAUGUAUGCACGUGGGUAAAAUAUGUGGAUGUUCUGUCGAGGUUUAUUGCCGGGAAAACGUUUCUAAAUCCUAACUGGAGACCUUGCUAUUGUAUGGAGCUAAAGUUUCACGACAUGGCAAGGACUGUGUAGAUGCCGAGCUAAAAGCAAGACAGACAGCAAAGGAAAGAGAGCAAGUCUAUCUGUCGCCUUACAAUGACUGGGACGUUAUGAUAGGUCAAGGAACUGUUGGUUACGAGAUUUAUUCCGAGCUACCGGAAGUUGAUUUCGUUCUGGUAUCUGUAGGAGGUGGCGGGCUUAUAGGUGGAACUGUGGCGUUUUUGAAGGACAGAAAUCCAAAAAUCAAGGUAAUUGGUUGCCAACCAAGAAAUUCCAAAGUUAUGUUCGAAUCCGUGAAAGCCGGGCAUAUCCAACAUGAACCAUCAUAUGACACACUGUCAGACGGAACUGCUGGAGACAUAGAGGAUGGAUCGGUAACAUUUCCAGUAUGCAGCAAAUUUGUUGAUGACUGGAUUCUUGUUGAUGAGCAACAGAUAUCUGAUGCUGUUUUCUUCAUGUUGGAUAAACAUCACAAGUUGAUUGAAGGGUCUGCAGGCGUGGUGGUUGCAGCGUUUCUAGAUCAGAAAGAACGGUUUAAAGGAAAGAAUGUAGCGCUAGUUAUCUGCGGGGGAAAUAUCAGUUCUGUGACAUUACAAUCUAUUAUAAAUAACCAUAUUAAAGCCGAGUGAGAAGAUUUCACAUUGAGAAGUUCCUGUAAAACCUGCACGGACGCCAGAUCUUCAAAUAUCAACGGAAGCACUAAAGUCUUGUUCUAAUUUGUAAACAGUUUUUGUUGGCCAUCAGAUUUUCCCAUGGUAUAAGGUUAAUUAAAUUUCAUAUGAAAACUUUUUACUAUACAAUACGAUCUGCCGUUACAUUUUUACGACAAAUUGCUUAGAUUUUAUAUAAUUUUCUUUGCAUGUUUAUUGCUUUUAUUUUUAUUAUUCUUGCCGAUAUUUAGAACUUAUGUUAGAUAAUAGAAAAAGAGCGUUAAAUACAGAAUGCUGCUAUUUCAUAUCCUAUCGUCUCCCAUCGCACAAUUAUCAAAUGCGAUGGUAUAAUGAUAGGAUGAUAGAAUGGCUAAAGAUGAAAUUGCUAACAUAUUGUCCUACUAUCAAUAUCCUGACAUGCUGUCAUCGCUAUCAUAUCCUACCCUCGCCCGUUAUCACAUCAACCUAACAUCUAAUUGUAAUUGAAAGGCAGAAUGGUAGAAUUGCGAAAGAAGGAUGGUAGAGUACUGAUAGCAGAAUGUUAGGAUGCGCGAGUAGUGAUCAUAGCAGAAUGACAGGAUUGCGAAAGCAGUGUAGCAAAAUGAUAGGAUUGCGAUAGCCGGAUGAUAGAGUAAUGAUAGCAGAAUGAUAGGAUUGCGAUAGCAGAAUGAUAGGACUGCGAUGGCAGGAUGAUAGUGUAGGGAUAGCAGAAUGAUAGGAUUGCGAUAGCAGGAUGAUAGAGUAGUGAUAGCAGGAUGAUACGAAUCCAAUAGCAGGAUGAUAGAGUAGUGAAAAUUGCAGAAUGAUAGGAUCGCGAUAGCCGGAUGAUAGAGUAGUGAUAGCAGGAUGAUAGUGUAGGGAUAGCAGAAUGAUAGGAUUGCGAUAGCAGGAUGAUAGAGAAGUGAUAGCAGGAUGAUAGUGUAGGGAUAGCAGAAUGAUAUGAUUGCAAUAGCAGGAUGAUAGAGUAGUGAUAGCAGGAUGAUAGUGUAGGGAUAGCAGAAUGAUUGGAUUACGAUAGCAGGAUGAUAGAGUAGUGACAGCAGGAUGAUAGUGUAGGGAUAGCAGAAUGAUAGGAUUGCGAUAGCAGGAUGAUAGAGUAGUGACAGCAGGAUGAUAGUGUAGGGAUAGCAGAAUGAUAGGAUUGCGAUAGCAGGAUGAUAGAGUAGUGACAGCAGGAUGAUAGUGUAGGGAUAGCAGAAUGAUAUGAUUGCGAUAGCAGGAUGAUAGAGUAGUGACAGCAGGAUGAUAGGAAUGCGAUAGUAGGAUGAAAGAGAAGUAAUAGCAGAAUGAUAGGAUUGCGAUUGCAGGAUGGUAGUGUAGUGAAAGCAGGAUGAUAGAGUAGUGAUAUCAGGAUAGUAGGACUGCGAUAGCAGAAUGAUAGAGAAGUGAUCGCAGGAUGAUUGGAUUGCGAUAGUAGGAUGAUAGAAUAGUGAUAGCAGGAUGUUUAUAUAUCAAUAAUAGAAUGGUAGAAUAAUGCCAGUAGGAAAAUAUAAUGGCGAUUUUUCGUUUUAUCAUCCAACCAUUGUUAAACUACCAUCCUGCUGUCGCUAUCUAGCUAUCAUACCAUCGCUUUACUUCUAUCCUAUCUUCAGUUUUUUAUGUCCUACUACUGUGCUUCGAUAAUUGGGUGAUUUUCUGAUAUGAACGAACUAGGAUUCCGUAGUGAAACAAUUAAAAGUCUUUAUCAAGAUGAGUGUAAAAAGAACAACAGCGGCCAUUGAAGACGGCAUUAUGUAAAGUUAAUAUCACAAAAUUCAGCCCUGUUUAAGUAUUUUGACAAGAUGCAGUUUUGCUGGUCCAAAGUAAUCAUAAAAAGAUUCUUCAAAAAACUUUUUAGUCAAAUACCUUAAUCUGUUUGCAAUAAUAUUUAAAUAUUUAUAUCAUUA